AUGUCGAAGCUCUUCCAGGAGAUCCUGGAUGAGCAGCUCGGGCUUGUGGUCCAAGAGGCUCUCAUAGACGUCGCCACGGAGGGCCUUCUCCAUCCGAGUGGCGCCCCAGGGGAACUGCCAGACGUCUUCGCUUACUGCAAGUACCUCCAGCAGGUGAAGAAGCAGAAAGAGUUGGAUUCGCCCAAGAGCUCCGAGGCUCGGCAGCCCUCGCCCUCGCACGGAUUGAUGAGUGCGUACUCCCAGGAGGGCUUCGAGAGCGACCUGUCGGAAGAGUCGGAGCAGGAGGAGGAGACGGAGUCCGAGGUGUCGUCCUCCGACUCCGAGUCCGAGUCUGACUCGGACAGCGAAGAGGAGGACGUCGUAGAGCAGGCCGUCGAUGCGCCUCCGCCGACUUCGAAGGUGAAGAAGGCGCGAGACAAGGACCGGGCGACCUGCCUCUCCAUCGCCCAGGUCACGAACGCCCUGAGGCUGGCGCUCGACCGCGAUCCGUCUCCCGAGGAGGUGACGGAGCAACGCCUCAAGGAAGCGAGCGGUGGACAGCCCACGGCGAAGGAGAUCAAGAAGGAGGCGAAGAAGGCGGCGAAGUCCGAGGCAAAGGUCGCUGGCAUCGCGCCGCCGCCGAGCAAAGUGACGAAAAAGGAGAAGCAGGAGGCCACAACGACAAAGGUCGUCACAGAAGAGCUCAGGGUGGAGCUCGGCCGCGCGCCGACGCGGGGAGAAGUGGCAAAGAAGAAGCUGGAGGAAGCAGUGGGUCGGCCGCCCACGCAGCAGGAGAUCCGAAAGGAGGUCAAGAGAGCAGUGAAGAUUGAGGUCAAAAAAGAAGCGGCGCGACAGGAGAGGCAGAAGAGGAAGGAGCAGGAGAGGGAGAGAGAGGAGGCGGCGACGCCUGUGUCACUGCAGGAAAAGGUCAAACGUGACAAGAAAGGCGACAAGAA